GGAGCUGCAAAUGCAAAUCAAUGGAGUAAACUAAGCAGAGAGCAGACACUUCAGCAGACUGCACUGACAUGGGCCAGCACUAGAAGCAGCAGAAGCGAUUUCUUAAAAGAAAAGCUUUUACUCGGAUUGUAGUUUUUGGACAUAUUCCAAUGGCGGCAAGAGUGCAGACUCUGUUGCUAGCGGCAGUGGCCGUCUUCUUCUUCUCCGUCUCCGGCGUGGCCGGCGGCGACGAGCGGGCGGCGCUGCUGGCUCUCAAGUCCGGCUUCAUCGACCCGCUGGGCGCGCUCGCCGACUGGAAAUCCUCCGGCGGGGGCUCGCAUUGCAACUGGACGGGCGUGGGCUGCACCGCCGGCGGCCUCGUCGACUCCCUCGACCUCGCCGGGAAGAACCUGAGCGGCAAGGUCUCCGGCGCCCUGCUCCGGCUCACCUCGCUCGCCGUCCUCAACCUCUCCUCCAACGCCUUCUCCGCCGCCCUCCCCAAAUCCUUCUCGCCUCUCCCUGCUCUGCGGGCCCUCGACGUCAGCCAGAACUCCUUCGACGGCUCCUUCCCCUCCGGCCUCGGCGCUUCCCUGGUCUUCGUCAACGGCUCCGGCAACAACUUCGUCGGCGCUCUCCCUCUAGACCUCGCCAACGCGACUUCCCUGGACACCAUCGACCUCCGCGGCUGCUUCUUCAGUGGCGCCAUCCCGGCGGCGUACGGGGCGCUGACGAAGCUCAAGUUCCUCGGCCUCUCCGGCAACAACAUCGGCGGCGCGAUCCCGCCGGAGCUCGGCGAGCUCGAGGCGCUCGAGAGCCUGGUCAUCGGGUACAACGAGCUCGAGGGCGCCAUCCCUCCGGAGCUCGGGAACCUCGCGAGCCUUCAGUACCUCGACCUCGCCAUCGGCAACCUCGAAGGCCCCAUCCCGCCGGAGCUCGGGAAGAUGCCCUCGCUCGCCUCGCUGUUCCUCUACAAGAACAAGCUCACCGGCGAGAUCCCGGCAGAGCUCGGGAACGUCUCCUCGUUGGCGUUCCUCGACCUUUCGGAUAAUUUGUUGUCUGGGGCGAUCCCGCCGGAGGUGGGGAAGAUGAGCCAGCUCCGGGUGCUGAACCUCAUGUGCAACCGGCUCACCGGCGAGGUCCCGGCCGCCGUCGGCGCCAUGGCCGCGCUCGAGGUGCUCGAGCUCUGGAACAACUCGCUCUCCGGCCCUCUACCCGCCGCGCUCGGCCGGAGCUCGCCGCUGCAGUGGGUAGACGUUUCGUCGAACAGCUUCACGGGGGGGAUUCCUCCGGGGAUCUGCGAGGGGAAGGCGCUCGCCAAGCUCAUCAUGUUCGGCAAUGGCUUCUCCGGCGAGAUCCCGGCGGCGCUCGCGUUGUCGUGUGAUUCCCUUGUGCGUGUGCGGUUGCAGGGGAACAGGAUUAAUGGCAGCAUCCCGGCGGGGUUCGGGAAGCUGCCAUGGCUGCAGCGGCUGGAGCUCGCGGGGAACGACCUCGAGGGCGAGAUCCCCGUCGACCUGGCUUCGUCUUCCUCGCUGUCGUUCGUCGACGUGUCCCGGAACCGCCUCCAGGGGACAUUACCGGCGGGGCUCUUCGCGGUGCCGAGCUUGCAGAGCUUCAUGGCGGCGGAGAACCUCAUCUCCGGCGGGAUCCCCGACGAGUUCCAGGAGUGCCCGGCGCUGGGGGCGCUGGAUCUCUCCGGCAACCGGCUAACCGGCGGGGUCCCGGCGAGCUUGGCCUCGUGCCAGAGGCUCGUCAGCCUCAACCUCCGGCGGAACGGGCUCAGCGGCGCGAUCCCGCCGGCGCUGGGGAAGAUGCCGGCGCUCGCCGUACUGGAUCUGUCGGGCAAUUCGUUGAGCGGCGGGAUACCUGAGAGCUUCGGGAGUUCCCCGGCGCUGGAGACGAUGAACCUCGCGGAUAACAAUCUCACGGGGCCUGUCCCCGCGAACGGCGUUCUCCGCACCAUUAACCCCGGCGAGCUCGCCGGCAACCCCGGCCUCUGCGGCGCCGUGCUCCCGCUCCCGCCAUGCUCCGGCAGCAGCAGCCUCCGCGCCACCGCCCGCCAUGGAUCUAGCAGCAGCAGCACGAGAAGUCUCAGACGCGCCGCCAUCGGGUUGUUCGUCGGGACGCUGGCCAUCGUGCUCGCCAUGUUCGGCGGCUGGCACGUGUACUACCGGCGGCGGUACGGCGGAGAAGAAGGCGAGCUCGGCGGCGGGGCGUGGUCAUGGCGGAUGACGGCGUUCCAGCGUGUCGGGUUCGGCUGCGGCGACGUGCUGGCGUGCGUGAAGGAGGCGAACGUGGUGGGCAUGGGCGCCACGGGGGUCGUCUACAAGGCCGAAUCCCUCCCGCGGGCGCGCGCCGCCAUCGCCGUGAAGAAGCUCUGGCGGCCCGAAGGAGCUCCGGACGCCGCCGCCGUGGACGAGGUGCUGAAGGAGGUGGCGCUGCUGGGUCGUCUCCGGCACCGGAACAUCGUGCGGCUGCUGGGGUACAUGCGCAACGACGCCGGCGACGCCAUGAUGCUCUACGAGUUCAUGCCCAACGGCAGCCUCUGGGACGCGCUCCACGGCGACUCCCCGCCGGAGACGAAGAAGACGACGACGACGAAGAAGAAGAGCACGCUGUUAACAGACUGGGCGUCGAGGUACGACGUGGCGGCGGGGGUCGCGCAGGCGCUGGCGUACCUCCACCACGACUGCCACCCGCCGGUGCUCCACCGCGACAUCAAAUCCAGCAACAUCCUCCUCGACGCCGACCUCCAGCCCCGCCUCGCCGACUUCGGCCUCGCCCGUGCCAUCGCCGCCGCCGCCGCCCCCGAGCCCGUCUCCUCCGUCGCCGGCUCCUACGGCUACAUCGCCCCAGAGUACGGGUACACGCUGAAGGUGGACGCGAAGAGCGACAUAUACAGCUACGGGGUGGUGCUGAUGGAGCUCAUCACCGGCCGGCGAGCGGUGGAGGGGCAGGAGGACAUCGUUGGGUGGGUGAGGGAGAAGAUCCGGGCCAACGCCAUGGAGGAGCACCUCGACCCGCUCCACGGCGGCUGCGCGGGGGUCCGGGAGGAGAUGCUGCUGGCGCUCCGCGUCGCCGUGCUCUGCACCGCCAAGCUGCCCCGGGACCGGCCCUCCAUGCGCGACGUCCUCACCAUGCUCGCCGAGGCGAAGCCGCGCCGGAAGAGCGGGAGCGCCGCCGUCGUGCCCGCGCCGCCGCCGGUGGCUGCCGCCGUCGUGGUUGAUAAGGAUAGGCCGGUGUUCAGCACGACGACGGAGGACGACUCCGUUUGACAGUCCUGUCACGCGGGCCCACGGUGUCAGAUGCUCUGCUGUUCGUUUGUAUAAUGGUUAUAUUGAUUUUUUUGAGAUUGUAAGCAGAUUCCAUUUUGAGUAGAUAGACCGUGUACGUAGAUGAUUAAUCCAAUAAUCUCAUGUAUUUAUACAAGUACUCCAGUACAGAAGGAUCGAUGAAGAUAACAAGCAAGCAAUUCUGUAGAAUUUUUGGCUCCAACACUUGUGUAGAA